GGGGAGGAAUAUCUCCUCUGCGCCGUCAGGUGUUCCUCAUUUACAAUGAAGCUCGCUUUCCUAGCGGUCCAUUUACUAGGUGCAACUAGCAUUACAGAGGCACUUAUCACAAUCCCUGGCGACUCUGAUCACUACGCCACCUGCCUAACACCAAGCCUGAAUCAACCAUCGGACUGGUACGAGAAAAGGCACACUGGGGACUCAUCGGUUCUUCCUCUCGAGGCUCUAUUCGAUUCAAACGAGGUGCGCAGCUUCAGCUCCCGGAACAAUGCGUCUCCCCCUUCCAAUCUCGAGGAAUGCGUGCUCUCAGGUGUUUGCAACAACACUUCCUCGUGCGCCACUUACGCGGCCGACAUAUUCGUGUCAAUAUGCCGAGGCAUGUUCGUCGGGGCAACAGACUACCUCUCCACCAAAAACUACGAGAACCUCAAGGAAAUUGCUGUAUAUGGUGUCGCCGUCGCGAUCAUCUUGCAUAUAGCCCCUACGGGUUUUGGCUAUAUCUUCCUUAACGGUCGAGCAGGCCAGGACGCACCCGUCCCGCGCAACGGCGCGAGUAGCAACACCAAGGACCCGGCCAGGAUGUCCAACAACAUCUAUAUCAGCGCCGUGUUUGACCUCUGCAAGGCGAUCCGUUGCGCUCAAUACCGCAAUAUCUCAACUCGCUUCUUGGCAAGUGGAAUUCUCGGGGACAGGAAGGAGAUCGACGGCGCAGUGGAUGUAAUUGAGGCGCAUCUGGACACUCUGCCUCGCGACUUCAGCUCAAUAUGCUCGUCUCUGGGAAUCAGUUGGGGGAUGGCGGCUACAGCCAUGCCUCUAAGCCUUGAGGCUAGAUUAGUCGGCAACUGAAUCCGUAUGAACAGUUCUGCCCUCUCUUACUGUGAUUCCAUGCAAAAGGAUAAUGAGCGCACAAAUUGUGUAAGA